AUGCCGAGUUAUGAUCACCAUCUGAUUCCUUCCACUCCGCUCCAGUCAGUUUGCAGUAGACCUCCCUAUGUUUAUCAACGUUUCACGGAUGGUAUGCCAAGACACCGAAGCGGGACUGGAACAUACCUGCCUAAUCCUAAGUUCUUUAUUAGGGAGCAUCACUCUUCUGGUAACAGAAGGGGAAACUACAACUAUGAUAGGAAUGAUAACCAUGGUGAUAGAGAGGGGAACCAAAUGCUCAUUCUAAAUCAAGAACUAUUGGCGCAUAGCUACAAUCGCAAUCAAACUGAGAAAUCAUACUCGAGAUCUGAUCGUGUGGCUUCCAGUGAGAACCGAGCUGACUGGUCAUGGAGGCAUGACAAAGUCCCUUCUUUCCAGUCUCUAGGGGUAACCCUCCCGCCCCACCAAUACGAAAACCAGCUACCGGAAAUGAAAGGACGUCAAGGAGAACGCGUCAGGCUGUACUUGAGAGGGACGAUACUAGGGUACAAGAGACCGAAAUCGAACCAGUAUCCAAACACGUUGUUGAUUCAAAUCGAGGGAGUUAACACCACUGGACAAAGAUCUGAAAGCAUUAGACAAACAAAUAGAUGCAACAGAUGA